AUGUGCGGCAGUCGCCUGCCUGGCCCCUCAGUACCAGCCUGCUACAGACCUAGCCCCCCACGUCCCACUUCUCCCUUGCUGGGCAGUUUGGGGGGCCACUUUCUGGCCCCUAGCACCUUGGGGAACCAGAAUGCCCCUGACACCAGCCAAACCUGCGCCCAAGAAGAGAGCGUCCUGCAGUCAGUCCCCGAAGGCUCUUCCUCCCGCAGGAGCUGGCGGCAGCGUGGGCUCUCAGAGGGAGUGGCGAGUGGCUGUGCUCAGGCCCAGGCUAGGACCCCUGCCAGCCAGGCUACCCGCAACUGUGUGGGAUCCAUCCCUCCUGACUGCUCUCUCCUCCCUGUAGCCAUCAGGGGAUUCUGGGCUGCCCGCCCCUCCCUCUCCAUCGUCUACUUCCUCUUCGUCAUCUUCAUGGUGUCUGUUGUCUUCCACUGCCACCAGCGCCUGGCUCUGGUGCCCGCCCCCUGGGCGUACUCAGGCCGUGUGGUGCUGGCCCCCAGACAGCUCCCCCAGGAGGGCCUGUUCACUGUUAAUGCCCAGGGCGGCCUGGGGAACCAGAUGGGCGAGUACGCCAUGCUGUACGCCCUGGCCAAGAUGAACGGGCGGCCCGCCUUCAUCCCCCGCAAGAUGCACAGCACCCUGGCCCCCAUCUUCAGAGUCACCCUCCCAGUCCUGCACAGCGCGACAGCCAGCAGGAUCCCCUGGCAGGACUACCACCUGAGUGACUGGAUGGAGGAGCGCUGUCGCCAUAUCCCCAGGGAGUUCGUGCGCCUCACAGGCUACCCCUGCUCCUGGACCUUCUACCGCCACCUGCGCCACUAGAUUCUUCAGGAUCUCCACGACCAUGUGCGCGAGGAGGCUCAGGCCUUCCUGCGGGGUCUGCAGGCCAAGUGGGCCCAGGAGGUGACCUUCGUGGGGGUCCAUGUGCGCCGGGGGGACUACGUCUGGAUCAUGCCACAGGUAUGGAAGGGCGUGGUGGCCGACCAGGGCUACCUACAGCAGGCCCUGGACUGGUUCCGUGUUCGCCACCGCACCCUGGUCUUCGUGGUCACCAGCAACGACAUGGCCUGGUGCCGGAAGAACAUCAAUAGCUCCCUCGGGGACAUGGUGUUCGCUGGCAAUGGCCUUCAAGGCUUACCCACUAAGGACUUUGCAUUGCUCAUGCAGUGUAACCACAGCAUCCUCACCGUGGCUACCUUUGGGAUCUUGGCCGCCUACCUUGCGGGCAGAGACACCGUCCACCUGGCCAACUUUACCUUGCCUGACUCCCCCUUGCACUGGGUCUUUAGGCCACAGGCAGCCUUCCUGCCAGAGUGGGUGGGCAUCGCUGCCAACCUUGACCAGGCCCGACAGAAUGAUCACUAG